AAACCUCCAUCUAUUCGAAGGUUCAGUCAACUCAACUGGGUGCCAACUACAAUCGCCUCCAAAACUCUGCUUUUCAUUCCAUAUUCCAAUUCAUCAUUUUUCCUUUGUUCAAUCUCAUCCGUGAAUUGAUUUGAAAACCCAUCUGAAUUCUUACAUUUUCGAGUUCUUUCCGAAUUCCCAGCACUCAAUUCCCAGAAAAACAAUCUUGAUUUCACUUCCGUACUUGGAAAUGUUUAAAUUCAAGACGAUCAAGAAGAAAAUGUGGAUGUUCUCUCUCUGAUUCUUCACGUGUAACUAUCUAUUUGCAUAAAUCGUUAUGGAAGGUAUGAAAAAAACCAAAGUCAUCAGUAUUGCCACAACAGUUACCAGCAAGAUUUUCAGCAACAGAGUCUGUGUACAACGAAGCUUCACUCUCCAUAAGCUCUCCUUUUGGUUUGCUCCGACAAAUCGGCCUCCGGGAUUACUAUCUUCAACGUUCGGUUCGUAAAUAAUUUCCGAUUACUAAUUCCUUUUUUGGGUUUUUGGGUUUGCAAUCUAUGGCCUACUCAUACGAUGUGUCUACUUCAAUCGAUCCGUUUUUACAUAGUUUAGAGAAGUUUAAUCGUGGAUUUGUGCGUGGUGGGUCAAUAUUAUCUCAGUCUUUAGUGUUGAAUGGUGAGAAGGGAGAGCUUGUAAAAGCCCCAAUUCAGGCGUCGAAGAAAAGGGUUUCAGAGGAAAAAGCACUUGCGGCGUUGAAGAAUCACAGCGAGGCGGAGAGGCGGAGGAGAGAAAGAAUCAAUUCCCAUCUCUCGACUCUGCGUGGCCUUGUUCCUUGCCCCGUUAAGAGGGACAAAGCAACGCUGCUUGCUGAAGUUGUCAGAAAAGUGAAAGAAUUGAAGAAGAAGGCUGCAGAAGCCAGUAAUGGCGUUUUCGUUCCAAUGGAUACCGACGAAGUCAAUGUUGAACCUUGUGGAGUGGGAGCAAAUGGGGAUAUGUCCUUCAAGGCAACCCUUUGUUGCGAAUAUCAACCUGAGCUUCUGUCCCAUCUUAAACAAGCCCUUGAUUCCCUUCACCUGAAGUUAGUGAAGGCAGAAAUAUCAACCUUAGGAAACAGGGUGAAGAACAUAUUCUUUUUCACCAGUGCCAUUGCAGAGAAUGGUGACCGUUCUGAAGCUUCCCAACAUCUCGCAUCAUCGGUUCGUCAGGCAAUAAGUUUUGUCCUUGAGAAAGCUUCAUCUCCAGAAUACUCGCCCAGAACAACGCUCCAGAUGAAAAGGCGACGGCUGUCUAGUUUCGAUACGUCAAGCUCUUCCUCAGGAUCAUAAAUUGUGUUUGCGUCGACGGGCGUAACACUGCUCAUUCUCAUCUCUUUAUCAUGCAUUUGCGGACAUGUUUGAAAUAAGCAGUUGCACAAAAGGCUUGUUGUGAUUAUCAUUUCUACUUUUGUAUGUUUGGUUCAAUUAACUUGGGAAGUUGAAAUAGUUUUGGACUACGAUUGGGCAUACUUUACGUUUCUUUUAAUCUAUGAGCCGUUUCCUUUGGCAGUCACAGAGUCAGAGAGGACAUGGUAAUCAAUUGUGGGUUAAAUUACCAGUUAUAGUCCAUAAAUUUUAAAUUAUUAUGCUUGUUAAGUUUUUGAAUUUUUUUAAAGGUGUCUUGUGUACUUCUAAUUUGGUACCUAAUAAACUUUUAAAUUUUUUA